GGCAAAGUGUGGGAGGAGAGCGUGGGCCACGGGCCAUGCGCCGCCGCCUGUGGCUGGGUCUGGUGUGGCUGCUGCUGGCCCGGCCGCCCAGCUCUGCGGGGACCCCAAGCGGGCCGAGGAGACCGCGCAGCUACCCACACCUAGAGGGCGACGUGCGCUGGCGGCGUCUCUUCUCGUCCACGCAUUUCUUCCUGCGCGUGGACCCCAGUGGCCACGUGCAAGGCACCCGCUGGCGUCACAGCCCGGACAGUGUCAUUGAGAUCCGUUCCAUCCGUGUGGGCGUCGUGGCGCUCAAGGCCAUACACACGGGCUUCUACGUGGCCAUGAAUCGCCGUGGCCGCCUCUAUGGUUCUCCAGUCUACACUGCGCACUGCAGGUUCCGGGAGCGCAUCGAGGAGAACGGCUUCAACACCUAUGCCUCGCUCCGCUGGCGCCGCCACGGCCGGCCCAUGUUCCUGGCGCUGGACGGGCGCGGUGCGCCCCGGCGCGGAGGCCGGACCCGCAGGCACCACUUGUCCACCCACUUCUUGCCUGUCCUGGUCUCCUGAGCCCCCCGAGGGCCGCCAGGAUUCGGAAGCCGCCGAGCUGGGGCCAGUUCACCUCACAACCGGGAGCCUGGGGGAAGCCCACUGGGAGCCGAGGUCAGAGGGGGCUGGGUCAGGGGCUGAGACCAGCACCCCAAGACCUAGCUAGUGUGGCCUGCCGGGCCCCGCCGAGGCCAGAGCAGGGAGGUGGGAACCCACUGGGGUGUUUUGAGGCAGCCACGGAGUCUCUAACACGCUUGGAGGGCUGGAAGAUUUGAAGUGUGGGGUGACAGGUGCUCAUCACGUGUCCCAUGCCAGUAACUGCAGACAGGAUGGAGGCCCCCAGAAUGGGCAGGGACCCAGAUCACCCCUCCAUCAUCAGGCUUCAGCAGCACUCGGGAGAAGCUACGGGCUCAGAAGAGGGGCUGGAGGGACAGUGCAGCGGGAGGGUGUUUGCCUCGCAUGCAACUUGCAUGCCUUGCAUGACUGGGGCUCGAUCCCUGGCACACCAUAGGGUCCCCCGAGCACCGCCAGGAAUGAUCCCUCAGGGCAGAGCCAGGAGUAAGCCCCGAGCAUCGCCAGGUGUGGCACCAGAACAAAUACAAAACACUCAGAAGAGCUGGAGGGUUCCCAGGACCACUCAGAAGAGAUCCACUGGAGCCCCCGGGCGUUUGAGCUGUUGGUGCCACAGCACGGCUGCCUGCCACCGGCCUCCGGAGCAAGCACCCACCUGGCGGGAGUGGGUGGCACAUGGAGGAUGGGGUGUCCCCGAUAAGGGGGACCGUUCUCUCGGGAAGCACCAAGGGUGUUCCCCACAGCGAGGCAGGCAGGCCCUGCAUCAAAAGCAGGUACACGGCUCUGGGGGUACCCCGCCCCCCACACGCCAGUACCUGCUCCGCCUGGCUGGCUCCUUGGUGGACGUACUGCCCAGGUGUCCGGCUUCACCAGCUUCAUCUGUCAGUGCCACCCUGAGGGCCGGCCGGCCGCCCACGGGCACCCCCAUGCACA